CACCCCCCCCCUCUUACACUGCACCAAACACCCGCGGUAUAAUGAGAUGUUCUCACCGUCACUCUCUUGUACUUUUGCUGACUUUUGAGUUUUAAAAAAAACGUGAUCAGGCCUUUAAUUUGCAUCAGUGUCUGCACCGUGCGGCGCAGAGAGAGAAAGUGAGAGAGAGAGAGAGAAAGAGAGCGAGAGAAGAAUCCGCAGGACAACAGCAGAGCACACAGCUGGCUCACAGUUCCACCUAGUUUAUUCUGUUUAUUUUUCCUGCGUAUAGUUUGGGAUUCCUGUUCACUGCAGAAAUGGUGGUUCUGAGGAGGUCUUCGAGUCCAUCGCAGGACAACUCUCUCCUGAUCUUUUUCAUGCCUCUGUUCAUCAGCCUCGUCGCCACCGUCAUCGGGAUCAAACAAAAGGUUCAAGUUUCAGGAGAUGAGAGCGGGGCAGUGGUGGUGCAGACCGCCCCAGGGGAAGUGCUGACCCAUCGAGGAGCAUCCAUCGUGUUGCCCUGUAGAUACAACGAGCAGCCAGGUCACCAGGAGCCAGACCAGAUCAGGAUCAAGUGGACUAAGGUGGACCAUUCCUUGCAGAGCUCGGAUGUGUUCCUCAGCCUGGGCGAAGUGCGCCACAGCUUCGGAGUCUACAAGGACCGUGUGUUCCUGCAGGGAGAUGGACAGGGGGAUGCCUCGCUAGUCCUGGAGCACGUGACACUCCAGGAUUACGGCAAAUAUGAAUGCGAAGUGGUCAAUGAGCUGGAAGAUGACACUGGGAUAGUUAAACUCAACCUGGAAGGAGUGGUGUUUCCUUACCAGUCGCGGCUGGGACGGUACAAGUUAAACUUUUACGAGGCGGAACGUGCCUGCCGGGAGCAGGAUGGGGUGUUGGCCUCCUACGAGCAGGUGCACAGAGCCUGGGGGGACGGGCUGGACUGGUGUAACGCGGGCUGGCUGGAGGACGGAUCCGUGCAGUACCCCAUCGCCAGCCCCCGCAGGAGGUGCAGCGGCUCCGACCGGACAGUGGGCAUCAGCAACUACGGCUACCGGCACAAGGAAGACGAGCGAUACGACGCCUUCUGCUUCACCUCCAACCUGCAAGGAAACGUUUACUUCCGGAAGAUGUACAGGAAGCUGAACUACGCGGAAGCCAUGCGCGCGUGUGAGCGGAGCGGGGGAGCGAUCGCCAAGGUGGGCCAGCUGUACGCAGCCUGGAAGAUCAAUUUACUGGAUCGCUGUGACGCGGGUUGGUUGGAGGACGGCAGCGUCCGUUACCCCAUCGUCAACCCCAGAGCCAAGUGCGGGGGUCCAGAUCCCGGGGUCCGCAGCUAUGGAUUCCCCGACAAGAAACGCGCCUUGUAUGGGGCGUACUGUUAUAAGCAGUAGCAGCAAUGAUGAGCAGCAGAACCUUAAGUAAUCCAGGGAGGCAUCUCCAACCGUGCUUAUUGUCAAGAUCCUCACGCUCGUUUUCAAAUCCCUUUCAUGCCCUG